GUCCCAGCCCACGACCACUUUUUAUUUUUCCUAUUUCUAAUUGACGGCUGAAGACUGAAGUGUCAGAGAGAGAAAAACAAUGGCUUGGUGUGGAGCAGUCGCAAGAAGCUUGAAUGUGCCGGCGGUGGACAUGGGCGCAUUACGCAGCCGUUGUGGCCCAUAUGCAGCUGGGCUGGGCUUUGUUUCCGUCGCCGGAACCACCUUGUGGCGAUCCCCGUCAUCUAAAUCAAAGCCCUUUGCUUCCCUCACCAUUUCUUCUCAAGCCUGUGUCAAGGAGGCUGUUCAAACAGAUAAAGCUCCAGCCGCCUUGGGCCCCUAUUGUCAGGCCAUCAAAUCCAAUAAUCUUCUUUUCAUGUCUGGUGUUCUUGGUCUGGACCCCGAGACGGGGAAGUUCGUCUCAGAUGGUGUAGAAGAACAAACUGAGCAGGUCCUCAAGAAUAUGGGGGAGAUUCUUAAAGCAAGUGGUGCUAGCUAUUCCUCCGUAGUGAAGACAACAAUUAUGUUGGCUGAUCUGAAAGACUUCAAGAAAGUGAAUGAGAUCUAUGCUAAAUACUUUCCAGCACCUGCACCAGCUCGUUCUACAUACCAGGUUGCAGCAUUACCAUUGGAUGCAAAGAUAGAGAUCGAGUGCAUAGCAGCGCUCUAAUCAGCUAUGUUUCAUCAUUAUAUCCAACUUGGCUUUUGUCACGAUUACUAAUAUAAGAGUAACUUAUUUUCUUGGAUGGUGGAUCCUGGAUCUUUUCCUACCUUUUCAUCUCAAAUCCGGGCAUCAAGAUACAGACUUGUUAUUGUGGAGCAUCUUUAAUGAACAAUGGGUGUACUGCAAUUUAUUUUGUAUUGGAUUACGAUUUGAGAUGUUUUAUUGAAUACCGCUUCCCUUUUGUUUUUUCA